GUUCAUUUUGAAGUCUUCGAAAAAUAAUCAAAAUUGUUUUGAGUCCCUUAAAUCUCUAAUUACAUAUCAGAGCAUAACUCGCGAACGCUUUCGUGUGUUUUUGAAAGACAAACAUGACUAUUGAUCGUUUCAUACUAUAAAAGGCAGUGAUUCAAUCAUACAAUAAAUAAAACUUGUCUCUCCAUAUAAGAAUAGCUGAAGCCUGUAAAGUCUAAGGAAGACAUCAUCAUGGGACUCAUAGUACAGAAUAUUAAUUUCUCUCUCCGUUUUUCGCUAACCGCCCUAAAGAUGGCGGGUCUCUGGGCGCCGGAUGGAAUGCAAACCAGGAAGAAGGCUCUGUAUUAUUGUUACACUUUUGUAUUUUUCGUGUUUCUUUUGGACACAUUAAUAGUCUUACAAGUAAUAGAUCUUUAUCUCAUCUGGGGCAACCUGCCUUUAAUGACGGGUACAGCUCUCGUCUUAUUCACUAAUAUCUCUCAAGUCACCAAAAUUAUUAACCUCCUUGCUCGGCGGAAGCACAUCGAGUUUCUUAUAAAGGACACUAACGACGGUUUGGAAGUUAUGACUAGUUCUCGAGCCAGAGAGUUGAUCAAAAGUUGUGACCAUGAGACCCGAAAUCAACAAGUUAUAUUCCUGCUCGUGACUUUCGUCACUACUGUCGGCUGGGCGACCAUCACUGACAAGAAUGGACUGCCUCUACCGGCCUGGUACCCUUACGACACGAGCGUGUCUCCCGCCUACGAGCUGACCUACAUGCACCAGACGUUGAGCAUCAUGAUUGUGGCUGUACUGAACAUCAGUAAGGACAGCCUGGUCACCACGCUGUUAGCGCAGACCAGGUGUCGGCUUGGACUUGUCGGAUUGGCCUUAACUAAUGUAUGCAGCGGUCUCAUGCCUGAACAAGAAGCGAUAGUAAAGAAUCGUCUUCGAAUAUGUGUUCAGCAACACCAGAGGGCGUUACGGGCUGCUGAAAUACUGCAGGAGUGCUUUUCAGUGCCAACAUUCGCUCAGUUCAGCGUCUCACUGAUUAUUAUAUGUGUCACCGCCUUUCAAGUUUUGUCUCAUACAGGAAAUGUAAUGAGGCUGAUACCAAGGUGUACUUAUCUCCUGAAUAUGAUUUUUCAGGUGUUCCUAUAUUGUUAUCAUGGACACCACCUGACGGUGGAGAGUGAGGAGUUAGCACGGAGAGCGUACGAGAUGCCGUGGUACAUGUGCAGCGUCAACGUGCGCCGCUCCAUCCUGAUCAUGAUGAUACGCUGCCACCGCAUUGUCAAGUUCACCGCUGGAGGAUUCACGACGCUAUCUCUCGCCACUUUCACUGCUGUUAUAAAAUUGUCCUACUCAAUGCUGACGCUACUGCAACAAGUCAACGAAAAAAUUUAAAAGUGCUGAGGCAUGUUAAAAUAGAUAUAAAAUAAAAGAAUUCACAGUUUAACAAUAUAAUAAUAAUAAUAUUUA